CAUGCCUAUGACAUUUGAGCAAUCUGAGUCCCAUCUAUUUUUGUCACAGCUUCUGGGUGAGGGUUGAACUACUUACUUUAGUGGCUUGUCGGACACCACUGUUGGCCUGUAAUGGCUGUUUAGAACAGACUGGUUUGCUGAAUUAUCCAGCCACAGUGACUCUCCUAAUGGACUUGAAUGAGAUCAAAGGAGGCAGACUGGAUGUGAUUGCAGAGGAAGCUGAGCACCAGGAGUUAAGCAGAGAGUUGACCACUAUGGCAGACAGAGGAGGGAGGGCGACCCGAGGAGUUUCCACCUUCCAGAGGUUUUCUAUUGACACCAACGAGUCCCUUCGUUUUGAGCCCUGUGAGGACAGCCUUCCGUCUCCCACUGGGGCAGGAGAAGGACUUGAUGACGAUGAUGUGUUUAAAGAGAGAGGAACCGAGGGUGAGAUCGUCACAAUCAGGAAUCGGUUGCAAGGGAAGGUUGCUGAGAUGGAGAACUUUGCAGGUCAUCUGGAGGAAAUCUUUCUCACUGUGGAGGAGAAUUUUGGCCGUCAGGAGCAGCACUUGGAGCAGCAUUACAACGAUGUGCUCCAGACGUUGUCUCAGCGAUAUGACGAGAGGGCGGCUGGACUGGAGGAGGAGAAGAAAGGCAAGCUGGAGGCCCUGUACAAGCAGCUGCUGGCUUGUGGCCGGGAGAUGGAUGCCUCCAAAGAGCUCAUUGAGACAGCCCAGGAGGUCUACCGCAGCCAAGACAAGAGGCUUUUCCUAAAGGCAGUUAUGCCCACCAUAAAAAGAAUCGAGGAGUUCGUCAAAGAGGAGGUUGACCUCACGUUGUCUACAAGUCUUGAGUUUAACACACCCCUUGCUGACCUGUCAGAUGUCAAAACCAUGAUGGACUCCAUCAACGUUGUCCCAGCUCCAUCUGCCCCGGUGAUCAACCCCCAGAUGCCCAACUCUGCCACCCAGACGUCACUGCGUGUGUGCUGGAGCUUGUUCUCCGACGACACGGUGGAGUACUAUGAGCUCUACUACAGACCGGUGCUGGAGGACACACCGGCAGACAGCGCCUGUGCACCACAUGUAAGCAAAAUCAACGUGAAGGAGACCCACUGCACUGUGACAGAUUUGCUGCCCAAUGCUCAGUAUGAACUCUGGGUGACUGCUACCAACACCACAGGCAUCAGCCCAGCGAGCGAGAAGGCCUUAUACGUGACAGUGCCGUCGCCUCCAGUGAUCAAGCAGAGGGAGUGUACUAGCUGUCGAGAGGCUGCUCUGAUUCGCUGGGAGUCAGGGAACACCAACCCUGUAGACUCUUACACGGUGGAGCUCAGUGAGAUGGGUACUGAUGGCACAGAGAGCGGUACUACGGAGUCUAUAGUAGCCGUGCCCAGCUGUCAGUGUCUGAUCCAGCUGCAGACAGGACGCCGUUACCUCAUCUCUGUGAGAGCAGUCAACAUUGGCGGGCCCAGCGACAGGAGUGAAGUUAUUACUGUCUCCACAACAGGUACAUUCUUCUACCUCCUGGAGGACACUGCCCAUCCUUGCCUGUCCAUCUCUGAAGACGGCUUCACCAUGUUUUAUGGAGAUGAAGAACUGCCAAUUAGCGCUAUGGCCUUAGAUGAUAACAACACCUUUACCAGAUGUGUAGCUGUCCUGGGGGAUCUGAUCCCAGUGCGAGGCCGGCAUUACUGGGAAGUUGAGGUGGAUGAUGUGACGGAAUUUAGGAUCGGAGUUGCAUCCGAAGACACAGAGAGGAACUCGUACCUCGGAGCCAACAACACCUCCUGGUGUAUGAGACACAUUCUCACCCCGUCCAGGCAUAAAUACGAGUUUCUGCACAAUGGCUGGAGUCCUGACCUGAGGAUUACAGUAAAUCCAGUACGGAUAGGAGUGGCACUGGACUACGAGAGGGGUACUCUGUCCUUUUUUAAUGUGGAACUGGAACAACAUCUACACACCUUCCACUGUCACUUUCGAAAUUAUGUCCACCCCUGCUUUGGCCUGGACAACCCAGGAGCUCUUACUGUACACAAUGACAUAGAGGCUCCCGAGUACACAUUCAUCUGACUCCAGCAAUCUUUUCCAGGGCUGGAAGAAAGUGAAACUACUUUGUUUUUUAAUACUUAGUAAUACAGCAAUAAAAAAAACAUUGUAAACACCCAAAUUAUAAAAACCCAAAAAAUCUGAUGACCUUCCCCAGCAAUAUAAGAUGUGUGGGAUCCAAAGACAAUAAGAGGUUUUUAGGUGUUUUAUUAUAGUAUUCCAUGGGAACAGGCAUACACCAUUUUCCAAGAUAUGAAAAAAGUUAAACUGAAUUUUACAAUAUGUAUUUAUAGCAUCAGUAACUUGCAGCAGACCAAGUGUUCAAAUAAAAAAAAAAAAAAAAAAGGGGCUUGUUUUUGAUUAACAAAAGAUGUUUGUUAUGUUUUAAGAAAUAAAAAUAUUUAUAGUUAUAAAGUAUUCACAUCUUUAAAAAAAAAGGAAAAAUCCACCCUGAAUACUUCCACACUGUAAAAUGUGAAUAUUUUGUUUAAUAGCGAUAUAUAUUUUGCCAACAAAAAAUGUCUCUGUAUUUAAGAAACUGGUAAGUGCACGUUUUAGAGUGAGACCCUUGGAAUAAAAAAAAAAGGCUUCUAUCAAGAC